AUGUCUCAACAGGACCACUCCCUCGGUUCCAACAACCCGUUCCGCCGGAAAGCUAGCAAACCCCCUCCCGCUGGCUCACCAGGUCCUGCGGACAGGGGCGCGGAAGCUCCGAAUCCAAGCUCGAACUCGGAUUCCUACUUCGAUUGCCCUUCCGACAACGCCCCACGACCGCCCUUCGCGACCUUCAAGUCGGCCUUGCCCGAGAACCAGCGGCGAGACGAGGAAGAGGCACCGGUCCAGCCAAGGCCGAAGAAGAUCGUGAAGAAAGUGCGUGUGCAGUCACCACCUCCAUCUUCACCCGAGGAUGCCACGCCAGUCAACCGAUUUCCGCCCCGAUACGAUGACGACGAUAGCGCCAGUAGUGAUGGCGACUCAAGUAACAGGGCAGAGCAGCUCGAUCCCUUCAAUACUAAGCUGUCGGACUCGGAAGAUAUGAACGGCUCCGAUCCACCGCUGCCUCGAAUACCACCGAAUCCCUUUGCGAGAACACUCCAGGAUUUAGAGCAACCAGGACAGAGCCAGGAUGCCAAUGCGCUGGCUGGUGGUUUAACGAAGGGCUCGCUCGAUGUCGAUUCCUUCAAGCGACUACUCUUAACGGGCUUAGCAAGCAUACCAGGGCCGACUUCCGCAACGGGAUCGGGUGGGAACCUUGCAGUGGCAUCACAUUUACAAGCGCCCCUCCAUGAUGGUGCGAGCAAUACAAAUGCCAGUUCUAUAUCUCGGCAGUCCAUCCUUGAUGCUAUGCAAGAGACCCCUCGAACCUCACAUGAGGUAUCAGAGCCCGACGAAUCCGAGGCACAGAAGACUAUGCGACCUGCAUCCCCAUUAGGAACAGUCCCAUCUGCUUCGACAAGGAAGAAGCCUCCUCCUCCGAGCUCUCGUCAUGGCAAGCUGAUCAAGAUGGAGUUUGGCGCAGACUCCGAAUCUCGGGGGGCUCGGGGUACGACACCUCCUACGUCACUAGACACUUCUCUACCGAAUGUUGCGCCUCUACGCAAGUCCAGCAACCACUCUAUUACCCCUCUGCAUUCGCCGCCCUCAAUAACGGAUGUCAAUAAGCCGCUUCCGCUUCCUCCCUUCCGGCCAUCUACAGACGGGGAAAUUGACUCUCCCUUCGACCGUGAAGCCGCUGGUAAAUUACCAGAGGCAUUCGACAAUCUCCAAGAACACCCCAAGCCCCCAGCACCUCCACUUCGUACACGCAACCGCUCCGAAUCCCAGACCAGCACGCAUUCGCAGAAGCCUGCAGCACCACCUCCGCGCCGACAUGGAAGAAGCAGUAGUAGAGCACCUUCCAUCAACACAGCGGAUGAAGAGCCUCCUAGGUCGUCGAUGGAGUCGAAUCUUUCUCGUGCUGGAAGUCUCCGGGUCAACAUCAGCUCCGAGAGGGGGCCCAAUCCUCCGGCCCCGCCUCCACCUCGACGCCCACAGCAUGGCAGACAAAGUUCAUUGAUGAGCCCAACUCAUGGGAGCUUAUCCCCAGCAUUAGCCAGUCCAGUUGCUAACGAAAAUGAGCGAAGCCCCCUGGGGCUAGGAUACGCUCCAGCUGGCGGUGGAGCUCAAGCGGCAUCCUCAGGCAGUCUUGCAACGGUCACAACGAGCAAAGAUGGGGUACACCAAAUAUCGCCCCCACCGCCACCGCCCGCACGACAUACAAGUACCAGACGCCCUCCUAGUGUCCGGAGUAUGGAGUCCGGCAGCAACUUGGGUACGGCAAGGAGGGUGAGCAAGGAGAAAGAUGAAGCCUCGGCGCCGCCUCCUCCUCCACCGCCGAGGGUGAGGGGUGGUAGUCGGAACAAUGCAGAUGCCUCUGCGCCUAGUGCAACCAGCUCGAGGAAUACCAGCGCCGAGGUCAAGCCGGUCGAAGAGGAACCAGCUGCUUCAACACCGUUCGAUUCGAGCAACAACCAAGGCACAGAGAUCUUGACGGAUCUCGAUGCCCUGCAGAGGGAGAUUGAUGCUUUGAUGGGCAAAUACCCAAACGCCAGCGCAAGCUGA